GUCGUUGAACCAUGUGACCAGCACGGUGAGUCCUGAUUGGCAGGUUCGGCUUCACAACGUUCAACAACGGCGCAGUGGGUCACGUGACAGCAUCUGCUGCUGGCUGAGCGAAGCGUGUUAGCAGAUUUUUCUAUUUUGUACAUACAUUUUUUUGUAUAUACUGUAUAUGAUGACUUCAAUGGUCAGCAAUCAAUCCCGGGGGACUCGGGACAAAACGCUGCCCACCACCACACAAACAACACAACCACAGAAACAGAUACAGGCCACAGCAGAACAGAUUCGUUUAGCCCAAGUGAUCUAUGACAAAAAUGAUGCAGACUUUGAAGAAAAGGUCAAACAGCUGAUUGAGGUUACUGGGAAGACUCAAGAUGAAUGCAUGGUAGCCCUCCAUGACUGCAACGAAGAUGUAAACAGAGCCAUCAAUUUCCUGCUGGAGAGCACCUCUGACACAAAUUCCUGGGAAACCGUGGGGAAGAAGCGGAGCCUUGGGAAAGAAGGAGGUCCCUCAGAGAUAAAAGACAGCAAGGAAAAGAGAGGACUAGAGCGAGAGGGCAGUCGUGGACGUGGGGCGUCCAACAGAAGGGGCAGAGGCAUCAGCCGUGGGCGUGAAGGCCGGGUGGAGGAAAAUGGUUUUGAAGUGGCUCCUGGAGAGAGACGAGGAGACCCAGGGCGUAGGGGUCGGGGCAGAGGGAUAGGUGUAGGGGUAGGGGUUCGUGGCAGAGGAAGAGGAGCUGCUGGCACCAGGUUCUCGACCCAGGGAAUGGGCACCUUCAAUCCCGCUGACUACACGGCUAACUCUGGAACUCGACAGGAGCAAUGGGAAGGGGAUGGCAAUGAACCUGCUGAGGGAACUGGAACAUGGGGAGGUAAUGUAGAAGACUGGACUUCAGAAGACUGGAACGAGGAUCUGUCUGAGACAAAGGUAUUCACUGCCUCCACUACACCUGGACACAAUGUGGACGUGGCUGGCCUGUUACCUAAGGGUGGAGUGAAUUCCAUGGAGUCUGAUUUGGGGGCAAUAGUUGAUGGCCCCUCAGCCGAGGAUCUGGGCCAAAGCCUGGUGUUUACCAAUUCUCACCACAACGGACGCACUGCAACACACAGCUACGCACACGCCACAGCCAACAGCUAUGCCCACGCCGCCUCGGCUGGUACCACCUACGCACAUGCUGCACUGUCAUCAGUUUUGGGUUCUGGCUUUGGGUCCCUCAAUGCACCUAAGCCGACACCUGGCCCUGACAUGAGGACUUCAGAGCAGCUCAAUGGGCCUAGGCUUGGUCAGAGAGUCAGUCAGACGAUAGCCUCCACCAGCAACAGUAAUGUUUCCAAAGAUGCAGGGCCACCUCCUACACAGAACCCUGCUCCUGCCUCCUCUCCCUCCGUUGAAAUCAAGCCGCAGAGGGUUGAGAAUGGUCCAGUUACUACCCAACAUUUGGAGAUAAAGCUUCAGCCAGAGCCAUCAGCGGUGCUCAGCCAGCUAGCUCAGAGGCAACAUCAGUCCACCAUCCAUCCCUCCAUAGAGUCUCUGGGCCUGUCUCAAUCACAUGCUCCACAAAUCCCCACACCACCAGGUCAUGAAUCCUCCAUGCCUCCUGUGAGAGAUGGAGCUUCUCCUGGAGUUAAGCUGCCAGGCAUGGAUCCAAUCACAGAAGCCCCUCAGCGGCAGCUUAAGACCCAAAGACGCAGAGUACCUCCACCGUCAAAGAUUCCAUCGUCAGCAGUGGAGAUGCCAGGUUCUGCAGAUAUACCUGGCCUAAAUGUUCAGUUUGGGGCUCUUGACUUCGGGUCUGAGGCUGGUACUGGAACAGCAGAUACUGCACAGACAGAGUCGGCCAGAGAGCAAGCCCCUGCUCAGGCCGCAGUUCCUGCAGCUCCAGCCCCCAUGUCUAUCCCUAGCUCCGUUCCCACUCAGCAGCCACAGAGCAGCCUGUUUUCCAAACCAGGAGCAGUCAGUGAUCACAUGAGCAGCUUACCCACCUUACCCUCGGCAGCAUCAGAUCCCUGCUUCCCCACACCAUCCUUGGGCUUACCCAGUGCUACGCCCUCCCCCUCCCUGGGUCUUCCAAGUGCAGCUGCUCCACCGUCUUCCGCAGCUCCAGCAGCAGCUAAUCGCGUGGAGAACAGUGGCCCAAGGACCCUUCCACCACAUUUGGGCUACUCACAGAGCAAAGACGUCCCAGCAGCUGUUGCUCUGACGAAUGGCUACAGCGGUAUGAAGACACAGAGCCCACAGGACCCAUCGCCAAGAGCAGUGAAAACAGAGUCUCCAGUUAUGACAAGUGAUGGUGGCUCCAGCCACCACAUCCCCUCCCCUGCAGUCACACCUUCCCACUCCACAGCCAUGUCCUCGCUCAACAGUCACGUGACCAGUACUCUCUCAUCUGGAUCGACCCUCGCAAGCUCAUCCCUCGUUUUGAGCAAUGAGGACAGCAGCAGAGAUGUCAACCUUCAUGCAUUUCCGUCAUCAACAUCCAGCCAAGUUGUCAAUCCCAAUUCCUCAAUUCCCCAGGCUGUCAGCAGCUUAACCACCAAUGGUCUGCACCAAUCUGGAGCACCAGGACUAACUCCUAAUGGCACAAACUCAACACUGUCAGCUGCAGGAACCCGUGUUGCACCCCUGCUCGCCACAUCAGGUAAAGCUCCUCCAAACUUGGCCCAAGGAGUGCCGCCCCUCCUGGCAAACCAGUACAUCAUGGGCCCUGGUGGUUUGCUCCCUGCUUACCCGCAGAUUUAUGGAUAUGAGGAUUUGCAAAUGCUGCAGUCUCGUCUUCCAAUGGACUAUUAUGGUGUAACAUUCCCUGGUACUACGGCUACCCUGCCUGGAAGAGAUGGCUUGGCCAACAAUCCUUAUUCUGGUGAGGCCACAAAGUUUGGCAGGAAUGACUCUUCGUCUCCUGCUCCCCCAACCAGCCUGUCUAAUGCUGGGGUACAGGCCCAGGCCCAGCAGGCUCCUCAGGCAGGAAACCAGGGGCAGGGUCAGGGACAGAGCCAGGGUCAGCAGACACAGAACCAGGCCUUCCUGAACCCUCCCCUCCCCCCAGGCUAUGGAUACACUGGUCUGCCGUACUACACUGGUGUGCCAGGGGUUCCCUCAGCCUUCCAGUAUGGCCCCACCGUCUUUGUACCUCCAGCUUCGGCAAAGCAGCCUACAAUGGGCCUGGCCAACCCCUCCAAUCAAUACCACCAACAGCAUCAGCCCAGUUACGGACAGCAUGCAUAUGGCGCAGCCUUUGAUGACCUAUCUCAAGCCCACGGUGGGGAGUACAGUAAGGGAGGGUACGGAGGCUCUGCUCAGUCACAGGCCAAGUCAGCGGGCAGCGGCCCAGGGAAAGCACCAGGACUUUCAGGGUCAGGUACCGGUGGAGGAGUACCUGACAUGGGAGGAUCCAUCUACAGCAAAACUCAGUCAUUUGAUAAGCAGGGCUUCCACACAGGGACACCGCCUCCCUUCAGUCUGCCUUCAGCACUGGGUGGAACAGGGCCCCUGAACCCUGGGGGUGCUCCUGGCUAUGCUCCUGCUCCAUUCCUGCACAUUCUGCCACCCCAUCAACAGCCCCACUCCCAGCUGCUGCACCAUCACCUCACACAGGAUGGCCAGGGUGGUCCAGGUCAGCGCAGUCAGUCCAGCAGCAUGCAGCAGAAGACCCAAGGCAGCAAGUCCAGCUAUGGCAGCUCCCCCUACUGGGCCAACUGAGGAAUGCUUUCCACCACCCUUCCCUAAAAGGCUGUUUGUGUGUGCGCGUGUGUAAAGCUUAAACAGAAAAAAAAAACAGACACACUACCCUCACAAUGAGCAACCUUGGGCUCUCUGGCCCUGCUCCCCCCACCUCCACAAGUCCUCAUAAGUCUUUUGGGUUCUCUCUUCCCCCCUUUUCAAAAUUGGUUGUACAUGUAAGAUAUUUAUGUAUGUAUUUAUAUAUAUAUACUGUAUAUGUAAUAGUAGAACAUGAAAUGUGGUUGCUGCAUUUUAUUUUUGAAGGACUUUUUGUUUACUUUUUUCAAAACUGCAGGAAAAGAUGUUACAUUAAGACAGAAUGGGAUGAAAAUGAUGACUAUGAUGGUGAGCGAGUGAGUGAAGAAGAAAAAUGAUCUAAAACUUCCUGUAAGAAACCACAAAAAGGAAACGGAGAGAGCUAAAGCACUGAUUGCCUAUGAGGACAUUUCAGAUGGGGGUGGGGUUUAUAACUAACUGCAUCUCUUGUCUUUUUUUCCUUUUUUUAUACAUAACCUCCUGAAUGACCAGGCUCACACCCCCCCCCCCCCAAAAAACUUCAUUUUGUAGAAUCCUAUCCUUCCCCUCCUGCCUCUCUCUCUCUCCCCCCUCUGGAGGGCUGUCUGCGCUCCUUGUGUCAACACUUUCCCUUGAAAGAAAGACCUGCCCAUCUGAAUUUUAUAUUUUAAUUUAAUUUUAACCAUGAUUUCCCUCGAAAUAAAAGUUCUGAGCAGUUGGAAAUAUAA